CUUCUUUUUAUUACAGCCUGUCAAAAGCGCGAGCAGAAGAUGACAAGCAGGACAGCACCGCCAUAAUGCUCGCGCUGGGACCAUAACAAACCCCCCCUCUCUCAACGCCCCCCGCCACCUCUAAACAACACAACACAACUACACUACACUACGCGCGUGCCACGGGCGCCUUUUUUUUUUAGGGGGGGCCCAGCGGAUUCUCAGAUUUUCAGAUGGACGGCGUAGACCCAUUCCAGCGGAGCGCACGAGCGGAGCCGUGACCGCGCGCGAGCUCAUCAGUCUGAAGGAGGAGAAGCGGAUGGCUGCGCCAGUUUGAUUUUUUUGGUCGCUGUUUUUUAUUUUUAUUCCUUUUUUUCGCCAGUUCUUUUUCUCCCCUUUCGCUUCUUUCUUUACCCCCCCUCCCUCGCCGUUUCGCCGCGCGCGCACAGCCCCCUCGUCCUCCUUUUUCCCCCAUGAAAAACAACCUUUGGAGCGCGCCUCCUCCUCCUCCUCCUCCUGCGAUGAUCAUGGCGAGCAAAAGCGCGGAGUGGCUGCAGGAGGAGCUCGAGGCCGGCGCGCGCUCCCUGCUCCUGCUCGACUGCCGGGCGCACGAGCUCUACGAGUCGUCGCACAUCGAGUCGGCCAUGAACCUGGCCAUCCCGGGCCUGAUGCUGCGCCGCCUGAAGAAGGGCAACCUGCCCAUCCGUUCCAUCAUCCCCAACAACGAGGACAAGGAGCGCUUCGCCAAGCGCUGCAGGACGGACACCGUGCUGCUCUACGACGAGGCCACCGCAGACUGGCCCGAGAGCGGCGCGGGGGGCUCCGUGCUCGGCUUGCUCAUGCAGAAGCUGCGGGACGACGGCUGCAAGGCUUAUUACCUGGAAGGAGGAUUCAACAAGUUUCAGACGGAGUAUCCAGAGCACUGCGAGACCAAUCUGGACUGUUCCUGCCCGAGCAGCUCCCCGCCUGCUUCUGUUUUGGGCCUGGGAGGACUACGGAUCAGUUCGGACUGUUCAGACGGAGAGUCGGACAGGGAGCCGAGCAGUGCCACCGAGUCAGAAGGCAGCCCUUUACCCAACAACCAGCCUCCUUUUCCCGUGCAAAUCCUCCCAUACCUUUACUUGGGCUGUGCCAAAGACUCCACCAACCUGGACAUUUUGGGCAAGUACAACAUCAAGUACAUCCUUAACGUGACUCCCAACCUGCCCAACAUGUUCGAGCACGACGGGGAAUUCAAGUACAAACAGAUUCCCAUCUCGGAUCACUGGAGCCAAAACCUGUCGCAGUUUUUCCCUGAGGCCAUUUCUUUCAUAGAUGAAGCUCGUUCCAAAAAGUGUGGCAUCCUGGUGCACUGCCUGGCCGGCAUUAGCCGCUCGGUCACGGUGACGGUGGCCUACCUGAUGCAGAAGCUUAACCUGUCACUGAACGACGCCUAUGACUUUGUCAAGCGCAAGAAGUCCAACAUCUCACCCAACUUCAACUUCAUGGGGCAGCUUUUGGACUUUGAGAGGACACUGGGACUCAACAGCCCCUGUGACAACCGCUCACCCAACGACCAGCUGUUCUUCACCACGCCGACCAAUCACAACGUGUUCCAACUGGAUACACUGGAGUCCACAUGAGGGUGGGCCGGUGGGCUUUGGCGGUGGGGAGCACCCACCCCUUCGUCUUUUUUUGCGACGUUCGCCUCCCAAAGUGAGGGGCAGUGCCGACGAGCUGGCGAGGCGAGGAGAGGGACGCAGGGCGAUGAAGACCUCCUGGGAUAGCUGACCGCACGGAGGCUGACCUGAGGAGAGCCCUGCUGCCAUACUGGUAGUUUUUGAUGCAGCUUCUUCUUGCCUUUCUGGAAAAGACUGUUGUUUAUGUUUUUCUAUUUUUGUCUUGGAACCACGUACAAAGACACUCUCUCGCCUCCCCCAGUGUUUUUAUCCAAACCUCCUGUCUUGACAGGUGCCAAUCUGGUGGGGCAAAGGAGGUGGUCUCGCUCUACAUGAAUGUAGGGUUUGCACAGUCUGUUUAUGUAUGUACAUCAGGUUGUAUAUUUGUAAGCACUCACAAACCAAGUGGUUCUAGAUUGUAUCCGACCAACAGAGAAACGAACAUUGUUCUUAAUAGGAACAUUAUUUUUCUUCUUUUUGUUUGUAAUGACCUAAUGCGGUUUGCACAGUGGUGAAGCCUUUCACUUCUUGGCACUUAAAAAAAAA